UAGGCUUAUAAAGCCAAUAUCUGGGCAAGAGAAAGCUGUGGGACUACCAGAUCUUCUCUGGCGAAGGGUGUUUCCCGAAAUUAUCACCACCAUGGACAACAAAGGAUUGUCACUGAAAGGGUCACUCCUGCUCCCGCUGCUGCUGGUGUCCAACCUGCUCCUGUGCAGGAGUGUGGCCUCCCUGCCCAUCUGUCCCAGCGGGGCUGUCAAUUGCGAAGUGUCCCUCCGAGACCUGUUUGACCGAGCCGUCAUCCUGUCUCACUACAUCCAUAACCUCUCCUCAGAAAUGUUCAGUGAGUUUGAUAAACGGUAUGCCCAGGGCAGAGGGUUCAUCACCAAGGCCAUCAACAGCUGCCACACUUCUUCCCUCCCUACCCCUGAAGACAAAGAGCAAGCCCAAAAGAUCCACCACGAAGACCUUCUAUACCUGGUCCUCAGAGUGUUGCGCUCCUGGAAUGAGCCUCUCUAUCAUCUAGUCACAGAAGUACGUGGUAUGCAAGAAGCCCCAGAUGCCAUCCUAUCAAGAGCCAUAGAGAUUGAGGAACGUAACAAACAACUUCUUGAGGGAAUGGAGAAGAUAGUCGGCCAGGUUCAUCCUGGAGUAAAAGAAAAUGAGGUCUACUCUGUCUGGUCAGGACUUCCAUCUCUGCAGAUGGCCGACGAAGACGCUCGCCUCUUUGCUUUUUAUAACCUGCUCCACUGCCUACGCAGGGAUUCACAUAAGAUUGACAACUAUCUCAAGCUCCUGAAGUGCCGAAUCAUCUACGACAGCAACUGCUAAGCUCACAUCCAUUCCAUCUAUUUCUGAGAUGGUUCUUAAUGAUCCAUCGCAUAGCAAGCUUCUUUUAGUUUUAUAGCUUUUUAAUGCAUGCUUGGUGUAAUGGGUCUUGUCUUAAAAAAUAAAAACUGACUUCUUAGAGAUGUCAAAAUCUAAAA